UUGGCUUGUUGUUCCUAUGCUUAGGCAGCCUGCUGCCCUGGAAUAACUUGCCAGCAUGGCUGGAAUCAUUUCACAUUUUUAUCUUUUUAUUGCGUUUUUCCAUGUAUGUUUAUCAGAAACGUCGUUGGACCGGCGGUUUUCCAACUUAAAAAGAUGUGCUGACGUGGAAUGUAGUAUGCUUCUUUGUCGGGGGAAAGCAGCCAGGGAUUUCUCUGGACCAGACUGUCGAUUUCUGUCUUUUAAAAAAGGAGAAACUAUAUAUGUGUACUAUAAACUCUCAGGGCAGAGGUCGGACAUGUGGGCGGGAAGUGUUGGUAGUUACUUUGGCUAUUUCCCAAAGGACUUUCUUAACAUCAAUCAUAUAUAUACUGAAGAAGAAAUAGAAGUACCUGCAGCGGAAACGGACUUUGUCUGCUUUGACACUGGACAAGACAAAUUUGAAAGCUAUAAUAUUGAUUUGUUAUUAAACAGCUCAUUGUUAUUAAAUAAAAGUGAUGAACAAAAUGAGGAGCGAGAAGAAAUGGCUACAAAUAAAAAUGCUGGGAUUACUGCUAAAGAUGUGGAGACAUUCCUGGAUGAGUCUCUUAUUGAUACAGAUGCCAUGAACUUUAAAGAUUCUGAACCAUUGUAUAAAGAAAGUAAAGAUGUGCAGGCAGAUUAUACAGAAGAUGUCAAUGAUUUGGAACCUGCUGGACCUCAACUGCCAUUAGAAACGGCAGCUUCAGAUACAAAGGAUAAAAUGUCUCUCAUAAAAGACACUGCUGAAAGCCAAGAGCAGAGUGUUCAAGGUGCAGAUCUGGAGGAAACUUUAACCAAAGACAUUGCAGAUGAGCUUUUACCUAAAGAUGCUGGUGUUUUACAGAAAAGUGACCCUGUCACACAGGUGGAAGCCAUGCCUGAAUUAAAAACGACUCUAGGCACAACAUUUGAUGCUGUUGUUUCUGAUAAUGAAGACACAUGGAAAGUAACCCCCUCUUACAAUGAAGAGGAAAGCAACAAAUUAGUUGACCAACCCAGUGAACAACUAGAAGAAGGUCAGAAGGAGCCAGCCCUGCUUUCUUUGGCUGAUCCGGCUGAGUCAAAGGGUGAAGAUAUUUCAUUUCAGCCAACAGCAGCGUUACAGAUAGAAGCCACAAAGGCAACCAAGGACAUGUGGUCAUCUUUAGGAGACACUGUUUUUAAAAUUGUAAGUGGAGGUGAGAGAACUGAUCUACCUGAUGACAAUGAUGAUGAGGAGGAGGAGGAGGAGGAAGAGGAUGAGGAGGAUACUGAGACAGACAAAACUGAGAAUAAGGCACUUCAGGUUCAGGACUCAGAAACAACCGAAGAAACAGAUGAAAUAAAAGACUCCAACAGUGAUUUUGGGAAGGAGGACUCUAUUACAUCAAAUGCCACUCAAUAUAUUGAAAUGCCUGAGCAGGACUCCAAAAUAUUAAAAUAUGACAAUGAAGCAGAAGAGAUUGAAAGCAAUGACAAAUCAGAACUCUCAGAAAAUACUUUAGAUUUGGAUAAGACAGAGAGUGAGAAUAAUGAAAAAUCAGAACUAUCAGAAAAUACCUUAUAUUUGGAAGAAACAGAGAAUGAAAACAAUGAAAAAUCUGAGCUCUCAAAAAAGAAUAUAAAUUUGGAUAAGGCAGAGAUUGAGAACAAUGAAAAAUCAGAACUCUCAGAAAAUACUUUAGAUUUGGAUAAGACAAAGAGUGAGAACGAUGAAAAAUCAGAACUCUCAGAAAAUAGGUUAGAUUUGGAUGAAACAGAGAAUGAAAACAAUGAAAAAUCUGAGCUCUCAAAAAAGAAUAUAAAUUUGGAUAAGGCAGAGAUUGAGAACAAUGAAAAAUCAGAACUCUCAGAAAAUACUUUAGACUUGCAUGAGACAGAGAAUGAAAACAAUGAAAAAUCUGAGCUCUCAAAAAAGAAUAUAAAUUUGGAUAAGGCUGAGGUUGAGAACAAUGAAAAAUCAGAACUCUCAGAAAAUACUUUAGACUUGGAUGAGACAGAGAAUGAAAACAAUGAAAAAUCUGAGCUCUCAAAAAAGAAUAUAAAUUUGGAUAAGGCAGAGGUUGAAAACAAUGAAAAAUCAGAACUCUCAGAAAAUACUUUAAAUUUUGAUGAAACAGAGAAUGAGAAUGAAAAAUCUGAGCUUUCAAAAAAGAAUAUAAAUUUGGAUAACGCAGAGAUUGAGAGCAAUGAAAAAUCAGAAUUCUCAGAAAAUACUUUAGAUUUGGAUGAGACAGAGAAUGAGAACAAAAAAUCUGAGCUUUCAAAAAAGUCUUUACAUUUGGAUAACGCAGAGAUUGAGAACAAUGACAAAUAUAGACUCUCAGAAAAUACUUUAGAUUUAGAUGAGAUAGAGAAUGAGAGAAAUGAAAAAUCUGAGCUCUUAAAAAAUAAUUUAGAUUUAAAUGAAAGAGAGAUUGAGAACAAGGAGAAAUCUGAACUUUCAAAAAAGACAUUAGAAAUGGAUGAGGUACCUGCUGAUGCUGAAUCUGAACUUGACACUCAACCAUAUAAUUUAGAAGAUAAGAAACCAAUGCUGGACAAACCAGUUACAGAAGAGGCAGUAACAAACAACAUGGAGUUACACAAACCUGAGGAUCUCUCCAAAGCACAUGCUCGAAAUUCACCACAGUUUGAUGCAAAGAGAGAUGAACAGAUUGACAGAGUGGAAAAUGACGACCAUUUAUUUGAAGACACACUGAAAACAGAAAGUAAACCUGAACCCGAAGACGAUCUUGAUGCUUAUGAAGAGAAUGAAGAUAUUGACGAGUUACUAGAGGAUGAAAAUGCUUUAUACUCCACCAAAACUGAGUUCACAAAUGAGGUAGAAGAAUCUAUGGAAAACAGCAAAGUUGAAACUGAACUAGAAGACACAAAAUUGGCCCAUCCUAAACAACCUGCUGUACCCCAAAAAACAAAUGAAAGCACACAAAAACAAACUAGUGAACAUAUGAAUGCAAGUGUGGUAACAUCUUUGGACAUGUCAGUGCCAGCAUAUGAUGAAGAAGCUGAUACACAGUCUACUGAGGUUGAUGAUGCAGAUAAAAUUAAACAGGAUACUACUCCCAGUGAAGAACCUGAGUACCGAGACAGUGUGCUGAGACUCACACUGUUAAGAGACCACUUUAAGGAUGAUGAUAUGGAACGUCUUCAGCGGUACCUGGACCUGAAAGACCUCUUCAAAAUUGAAGCUAUGUUCACUGAGUUGGAUCAGAAGCUAAGGUCGACCUUAGAGUCUGACUCAGAGACUGGUGAUGACAGGGAAAAGAAACUGGAGAGCAUCUUUGAGGCUUCUGACACCACCAUACUUGAUAACAUAGAGAUAAUGCUGGAUGCCCGGAAGCAGAAGGCUCAGGACCGUGGUCAACAGAUCAGCCUAAACAUGUCUGAUGAUGAAGCUGCCAUCUUGGAUGAUUUUCAGGAGUUUAUUUUCUAUUUGUACCAGAAACAUUCUGCAGUCAGUGACAGUGUCCCAUUGGUUGAGGAGGGCCAUGCUCACUCUGAAAUGGAGAAUCUGCUUGCAUCUGAAGAGGAGGAGGAUGCAGCCAAAAAUAUCCAUAUUUCUGAGGUUACUGAAACUCCCAAGGUCCAUGAACAAUCUAACAAGAUUUCCAGUGUAAAUGUUCAGGAGGACAACAACUAUAGCCAAGACAUGAGUCUUGAGGAGGAUGGCGGCCAUUUCAAUAAAAAUAAAGACAUUCAAUUAGACUUUAAAGAGAGAGAGGAGAUUCAGAGAGGACCACAAGCUAUUUUGGAGAAUCCUGUGGACGUAGCAUUUGGCUUUGAGAUGGAGCCAUCUUCAGGUUCAUUGGGGUCUCCAAGGGCCUCUGAUUUCUGUGACAAUAAUGCCAACUAUGACCAAGCAAGUGCAUCAAUCUCAGAACGCCUUUGGGAGUUGGUUGUUCUUGGCUUUGGAUUUCUUGGAUUGUAUUCAGAAACUCUGAUUGCUGCCCUGCCAGAGGAAUGGCAGCCAGGACCCACGUUCCACGGACUUCCCUGGAAGCCUGUGGUUGUAACGGCUAUUGUUGGAAUCCUCACUGCUCUAAUGUUGAUCUGGAGGACUGUUCUUGCUGUCAAAAGCAGAACAUACCUAUUAACUGAAAAGCAGCUUUCAGAGAGGAUCCGACAGCUUGUUCGUGAGAAAUCCGAUGUCCUCCUCGAAAUAACUGAACUGAACAAUACGAUCAAGCAACAUGAGGAAAAGCUGAAGGAUUCAGAAAAAUCCCAGUCUUCUAUGCAGGAGCAAUAUGAAGACCUUAAGGUACAUUAUGAAGAGCUCAGUAGACAGAGGGAGGAGCUGUCAGUUACUAUUUCUCAUCUUGGCCAGAAAAUUUCAGAUACACAGGAAGAGAAGAAAACUCUGAACGAAAAGGUGAUCAUAAUGCGGCAGAGAAUUGAGAAGUACCAGAAUACACUAAAACUCUAUGAUGAGGAGCGUUCAAAGGUUCAGGUCCUUAUGGAUGAGGCUAAACUCAGGGAAGAUGCCCUAAAAGCUCAGGUGUUCUCCUUUGAAAAGGACAAUAGUGCCUUGAAGGAACAGAAGAAAUCUCUGUUGCGUGAUGCCAACAAUUGGCAAGAGAAACACGACAAGCUCAGUGAGGAGAUCAGAGUGUACCAUAAAACACGGAAAGAUUUAGAGGACUCCCUUGUGCACAAAGAGAAUGAAAUUGAUGUUCUGUCCAGCUGCAUUGCUGAGCUGAAGGGCUUUGAGGUGUGUGAUGCUGUAGAGCUACAGAAGGGCGAUGCUAAGUUAGCCAAUGGGGAAACAGGUGACAAGAAGGGUGACCCCAUUAAAUUGCGUCUCAAACAGAUGAUGGACGUCUCAAGGAUCAAGACCACUCUUUCUGUUAUUGAGGAUGAACGGAAUCACUACUUGGAGAACUUUUUGGCAGAACAGAAAGCUAGACAAGAACUCGAAGGUCAAUUUCAGAAGGUCGUACAUGACCAAACAAAUCUCAAAAAUGAGAAGACCCACCUGGAAAGCCAAUACAAGAACCUCCAACAGAGACUUGAAAUUACAACUGAAUUGUACCAACAGAAAGAAAAUGCAUUACAGCAGAAGCUGACCCAGGAGGAGCUGGAGAGGCGUGAGAAGGAGACCAAGCUCUCUGAGGUGGAUGGCCGGGCCUUGCAGGCUGAAGAGGAGCUGAGCAGCCUCAGACAGAAAGUGAAGGACAUGCAGGAAGAAAUGCAGCAAAAUGAGCGAACCCUAAAGGCGGAGAUUGCCGUCCAGGAAAAGAAAGCUCAUGAGAACUGGUUAAAAGCUCGUACUUCUGAACGAGCUCUGAUAGAAGAGAGGAGAGAGAGUGCCAACCUUCGUCAGAAGAUUGUGGAAUGCAGUGAUAAAAUGGCUGAUUUAGAGCAUGCACUGUAUAAAUCCGGACCUUCAGAUCGCCACAUAAAUCCCCUGCGGAUAGGUGAUUCAUAUGGGCCAUCCCCUGUGAGUGGGGGUGCUCCAUCUCCACCUUUAAUGAUAGAAGCUCCUGGACGUCCCCCUUCUGCUCCUGUGGGGCGAAGAAAUGAGCCAUUUGGUCCACGAUCUACUCCUGACACUGGACGCUUCUCUGACCUUGGCCACCCGCUACAACCUCGACCAGAAAUGUUUGCCCCUCGCACAUCGUCUCCUUGCGCGCAGGACAGCACGUUGACAGCCCAAGUAGAAGCAAAGACUGAGGCCUCAGAGCAGGCCUGCGCUGAUACUACAGAGGCAUUUCAACUCUCGAAGUCCCAGAACCAAGGAUUAUUUCUACCAUCACCUAUCAGGGAUUCUCCUGGCCCUGCUUCAAAUCCCCCAUCAAAGGCUUAUGGCUCCCAACACAUUGCUGGACCGCUUCCGCCUCCAUCUAAUGGACCACUUCCUCCAAUGAGCCGCCCGCCCAAUGGCCAUCCACCCAUAAUUUCUUCUGGGCCACCUGAUGCAAGGUUCAGACCACCUCACACAGACUCCUAUGGGUCUCCACCUUUGCGCCCAUUUGGACCUAUCGCUCCAGCUUUUGCCCGAGGGCUGCCACUGAGAGAGCUCCCUCCUAUGGGACCACCUCCACCACCGUUCGGUAUGCAUGACUUCCCGCCAGACUUUACCAGACCUCGUGAUCUGCCAUUCCCACGUCUGCCCUUCGCUCCUGGUUCUCUGCCACCCCCUGGAGCCAUGGUCCCACCACCAUUUGGUAGCCGUGAGCUGCGUGGACCCGUUCCAUUGAUGUCUCACCCCCCAAGGGGCAAUGAGGACAUCAUACAGGCUACUGGUCAUGCCACAGAAGGCCCAUCGCAGCAGGGGGCUGCCCAGGACACAACCACCUCUGUAGUGGCUGAGCCUUAAGCUAGUAGCGAUCACAAACCAGUAAAAAAGGCCACAUGCCCACUACUGGACUUCAUUAUUUUUCUAUGUUGAACAGCAUUUGAAAACCCUUAAAAAUAAUUUCCACAUUGAUGCAUCAAAAAAGUCAAAUCAUGCUCUACGUCAUAGUAUUUCAACCACAUCUUGGUCAAGGGGACAAAGUUUUGCCACUCUUGGUCCAGGUUACUGUGCAAUAACAUUUUCUAUUUUUUUUUAGGUGGUGGUGUUUAUGAUUUUUAUUAGUUUUUUUCUUAUGCUUUUCUUUGAUUAGGUUGUGAAAAGGAAAAUAAACUUUCCUAUGGAAAUGUUUUAAAAUUUUUUGGAUGAAAAAACAAAAUUCGGCCAUAUUCUUAUGCAGGUAAUAUCCACUACAUAUCCAGUGCUGUUGCUUCAGUGAAUUGUUUAGGGUAAUUGUGUGAAAUUUUAGAAACCGAAUAACUUAUUUUAACACACUUCCUGAUUUAACCAACUAUUGCAGUUAUGUGACGUCCCUGACUCGAAGAAAUAUCUGAAAAAGACCUCUGCCUGUUUUUCUCUAUUAAUGAACAAAUGCUCCAUUGAUUUGUUGCCUUUGUUGAUCAGAAAUGGUGUAAAUUGGACAAUGCAUUGAAAAGUUAAAUCGCCAAAAUGUCAACAAGGAAUUAUUCAUCAGGUCAUCUAUUUUUGUAAUGUUUAAUUUAGCGUAUUGUUCUUAUGAUUUCUUUUCCUAGUGAAAAGACACAUACUUGCUGUCAUAUUGACAAAGUAUUAGUACAUUUCCCUCCCAUUUCUGUGUGUACAGUAAAAUUCAUAUGAAUCAGAAAACAAAUGCAGUGCAGUGUGCUGUAGGAUUGAACUGAAUGUGUCUGCAUUUGAUGCUGUUAUGCUAGUUUAUCUUUCAAACAUAUUCUUAUACAGUACUUGCAUAGCAGUGACAUCACAGAAUAUUUCCUGUACCAGAACUGCAGAACUCAUGGAUUAUAUAUGGAAAAAUUUCUGGGUUGAACUUUCAAAUUUCACUUACUGAGAGCAUUGUUUUUCUUGUCCAAAACAUUAAAGUAAAUGUAUUCAGGGAAUUAGAAGUGUCUGUUGUUCAGAACAACUACUUGUAGUGAAAUAGUAUCAAAUGAUCAAAUAAAAAUGAUUUGUUGUGA